CCCUAAAUGCUCUGCAAAACUAAGAUAAGAUUGGAAAGUCUCUUCCACAAAAUUUAGAAUCAUAUCCUUUGUUCCCUCUCUAGUUAGUUAAUCAAAUAUCCACAUUCCGUUAUUCUUCAAGUUUGUGUCUUUCUUGCAGAAAACCAUCAACCAUGCCGGUUCUCGAAGAGGGUUCAUCUUCAUCUUCUACAAUAGCAGAGCACAUGAAAGGGAGAAGACCCAGAAACCAAAUCAUGGAGGCAGAUCCCACCUCAGAAAUCCCAUCUUUAAUUCAAUCCACCCGUUGCAAACCCACCAUCUCUUCUCUUUUUCUCUCCACUUUCUCCACCAGCAACAACGGUGGUAAUGAAACCGUACCCACCAACACCAACACCAACACCAACGUCACCCCCAAGAAGAAAGCCACCCAAUCCACCUUCAGAGCGCUUGGGUGUACUGCCUCUGCAUCACAGCAGGUGUCGGUCCCUGCUGUGAUACGCACAUCGGCGGAUUGGGAGGCCAAAAAAGUGAAGAAGAAAACCCAAAAACAAGAAAAGAAGAAGAAGAAAGGCAGUGAUAGCAGUAACAACAAGGUUGCCAACGAGAAUAGUAAGGUACAUCAAGGUUUUGUGAGCGAUGGUGGAAAUGGGAAUGGUUGUGGGGUAAUCCAGGAUGUAUGGUGUGGUCCGGGAAUUGGAUUUUCUGCAGAUGCUGUUGGGUCAGUGGAUUGUGUUGUGGCAAGGAGGAAUGUAUCUGCGAGGGGGAAGAUUGAUGGCGAGAAAAUCAGUCACCGAGAGCGUUCUUGUUUGCCAAGGCGGACUGUGACUCCAGAAGCUUUCUCCUUUCUUGAUUCUGACUCUGGUUUUGUUUCAUCUCAUCCUGAGCCGGAUUUCUUUGCAUCUAGAUACUAUCGUCAUGUUCGACAUCCUUCUCCUGAGGGGCUAGCUGAGAUUUUUAUGCUGCAGAACAGUUUGCUUAUGGGAGGACGAUCAGAGUCACGCGAUCAAUUUAGCGAUUGGAGGCUUGAUGUUGACCAUAUGACAUAUGAGCAAUUACUGGACCUUGGUGAUAGAAUCGGUCAUGUGAAUACUGGAUUGAAAGAAGAUGAGGUAAGCAAAUGCCUCAGGAGAACCAAGCACUCAUUGCUGAAUGACCUUCAAUCAAAUGUUCCCGUGCACAUGGAUGGGAAGUGCAGUAUCUGUCAGGAGGAAUACGAAGCAGAUGAUGAGAUGGGGAAGUUAUAUUGCGGACACGGCUUCCACAUUCAAUGUAUAAAACAGUGGCUAGCGCAGAAGAAAACCUGCCCUGUUUGCAAGACUGAAGCAACAGCUUGACGCUAGCAGUCAUGGAUUCUUUUCUCAUUCCCCACCACGGGUGGCUUUCACACAACCAUAUGCAUUAACCAUCUUGUUGGUGUACAGAUUUGGUUUCAAAUACACAAGAAUUCUUUUUUUGGUUUUUUUUUUCCUCUUUCAACAUUCAAAGUUUAAGAUUGGUUUGAAUCCUGGGAUGUGACUGGAAAUUAUCAUGACAUUUGCUCAUUCAUCAGAAAUCAUCAUAUUAUUAUAUUUGUGUUUGACUAACUAAGCGUGGCGUAUGCAGCAAUUGAUAAUUAAAUCCUCAAUUGAUAU